AUGGAGACUGAUGCUUCUACUUCUAUCGUUUGGAACUCAUUACGAAGAGUGGAACCACGUGUGGAUUGGGCUGAAGCAGUUUGGUUCUCUCAUUGUAUUCCGCGUCAUGCGUUCAUGAUGUGGCUUAUAAUGCGAAACAAACUAUUGACGCAGGAUAGAAUAUUGUUAUGGAGCCCGACUCGCCGGAAGAAUAUGGAUGUUUGGUGUCAUAUGCGUGGCUGGGCCAAUAUGCAUGGUGUUCAACCUGAUUGGAAUUCUAUUAUGCAAUGGCUUAUAGCACGGGCUAAAUCUAGAUCGAUUGGUAAUGUCAUUGGAAGGUUAGUUGUUGCUGCGUCUGCUUAUUAUAUAUGGCAGGAACGUAACAAUAGAAUCUUUAAAAACCAUGCUCGUCCACCGGAUAUUUUGGCUAAAUUGAUACAAGAUACUGUUAGAUCAAGAUUAUGGAAGCUGAGGUUUAAGAAGACAGCUCGAGUUGUGCGCACAUUAGAGGUGUGA